UCGUCAAAAAAAAAACCCCCCCCAAAAAAACAGAAUGGAUCAUCCUCUUAUUACUGCUGAUUUGAUCUACCCAUAAUUCUACCUUUCUCUAUCGUCUUUGUUUUUUUCCCUUCGCUUUCUGCGAGUUACCUACGAUUUAUUUGAUCCCAGCAUUGUACUUCAUUGACAUGUCCGCCGCCUUGGAGACCGCAACGGUCCCUGCCAUCACCACCGAGGACGACAUUUCGGAAGAUUUCCCCCAUAUCAAAGCUGAUCAGUGUCUGUUUCUCCAACUGCCUAGUGGCAAUGUCAAGCAAAUCACACUCAAGCCCGACACAAAAAUACCGCUUGGCAAGUUCGGUACAUUCAAGGCAAACGCUCUGAUCGGCCAGCCGUUUGGAUUGACGUACCAAAUUCUCAACAAUAGCGGUGACAUCAAGCCUGUUCGCAAUACCGCAUUAGAGGACAUAGAGUCGACUGAAGCCAACAAUAGAGAGAUCUUUGAUAGCAAGGAUGCUCAGAAAUUGACCCAUGAAGAAAUCGAAAGGAUGAAGCGCGAGUUCCCUGAUGAGGCCGAUGAGGAAAGCAUUAUCAAGAAGAUUAUCGAGUCCCACUCCUCCUUCGAAAAGAAAACCGAAUGGUCCAAGGCCAAAUAUGUACAAAGGAAGAAGAAGAAGUUCUCAAAAGAAUUCACUCCCAUGCGACCCACUUUAUACUCUGUAGCAGAAUACUUUUUUGAGCGAAAUCCAGAAAAGAUUGGCUUCCUUCGAGUGGAUACACUUGCACAAAUACUCAAUUUUGCCAACGUCCACGCUGAAGCUCGGUACUUGGUGGUCGACGACACCCAGGGUUUGUUAAUAUCCGCUGUCGCUGAACGUAUGGGAGGCUAUGGACAAAUCAUGGGAAUCCACGAUGGCUUGAGUUCCAAUUACGACGUUCUUCGAUAUCACAACUUUUCAAAGCGUAUCUUGGAUUCCAUUUCCACGCUGCCUUGGACUAUGGUCGAUAAGGACGAACCGACCAGUGAUGGAUGGGUGGAGUUCACUGAAGAAGAGUUUGAAGGGUUGACUGAUAGAGAAAAGAUCAAUUACACCAGAAGAAGAAAGACUGUAAAGCGAAUAGAAGCUGCACGAGCUGUUUUGAAUGAAGGAGGGUUUGAUGGGUUGAUUGUCGCUUCGCAAUACUUGCCAAUGUCUAUCCUAGACAGACUCCUGCCUUUUGUUGCCGGCUCUCGUCCCGUUGUUAUCUACAAUAUCAAUAAGGAAGUCUUGAUUGAUGCCUUCCUCCACAUGCGAUCCUCCAAGGAAUACGUUGGUGUGCAGAUGACGGAAAGUUGGCUCAGACGGUACCAGGUUCUGCCUGGCCGAACACACCCUGAGAUGACCACCAGUGCUGGUGGAGGCUACAUCCUCUCUGCAUACCGCACCUUCGACACACCUAAUCCCCACCUAGAUGCAUCGAAAACCGAAGAACAGAGUGAAGCCAAGAAGGCCAAGACGAGCCAAUAGAGCUACUUUUUCAAAUCAUAAUAAAAAUAUAUAUACAUAAAAAGCGAAAGAUGUAGCAAAUUCGAUAUA